UGGGGCUCCUAGGAUGUGACUCAGACUCCCUGUCAAAACCAGCAGGGAGGGGACAUGAUGAGAAAGGGGAUAGAGCAGGAUAGAGCAGGGGUGGAGUGGGGGAAAGAAAACCCGGCCCCUCUUACACCACCCCUACUCUUUGGCAUUCAGCGUCAGCAAAAACCUUAAUGUGAUCAAGAUGGAAGUUGUCUAUGGACUUUUCGUUGCUCCUCGGCUUUCUGCCUGCCUUUGGGGCUUCACUGCCUGUCCGACAGCUUUACAGCGAGGAUACUGACUGUGGCUUGCAGAAACCUAGACCAAGGACGGUUUAGAAAAUAAAGCAUAUUUCAAGUCACUUGGAAAAAGAUGGAUUUACAUUACCCAAACGUGGACGAAUUGCUUCCGGUGGAUGAAUGAAAAGGCAACUCACGAAAACGUCUCUGGAUGGCUGUACUCGCAACAAAUCCUCAAUAUGGAGCUUAUGAUCACCGAAUAUUCAUCUACUGGAUUGAACUUUGUCAACAAUGGAGAUUACAAGAAGUAACUGUCGUUACUCAAGAAUGCAAUAUUUUGAAUGUAUUGAGGUGGCAGUUUCGCUGUUGGCUCGAGGGCAAGUUGAAGGAGCAACAGCUUUGGGACACUUUUUUAGACCUUCCUUACUGAUCUAACAACCAGGCGCAGGUUCACGCGAGAAGGUGCAGGUGGCAGUUGAUAUGAUCCAGCUCUACUUCUGAGGAAACAAAAGCAGAUCUGGUUUACCGUUUUCAGCGGGCAUCAAAAGCAGCUCUAUGGGAUAGCACAGGCUGUCCACCAUGCCGGUAGCCAUACGGAAACGAAGUUGGGAGGAGCAUGUGACUCACCCUUCAGGAUUACAGUACAGCUAUGACGAUCUGGAUCUGGUCUGCUGUCAUGGAGUUGACAGCAAGGGGCCUUGGAUGGGAGCAGGGGCUUCCAAACAAGGCCGACGGACAAGGUGUGCCUCUAUGCCAGAGGGUUGUCAUCAACUGCCCACAGAGGACCGGGCUCAGACACUUGAAGUGACAGCUUCUUCUGGGAAUGACGAUACUGACAUAGAACGUUUGAAGCAAGAAGAAAACAAUGAAAAAGUUCCAUUAGACUUGCAAGAGGAGUCAGUUCAUGUACUGAAUGAAUUGGUGGAUGUUGACAUUUCCCAAAGGGCCUCGGAAUCUGUGCAUCUCCGAACCGCAAACAUGAGGAAUUCUGGAGAGUUUCACUGUGACUCAAAUAGUGGUAUGUGUAGUGCAAAUCUUUCUUGUGCAACUGAUAGCAGCAGUCACAUUGAGAAAACUAUCAACGGUGAAGGUGAAGUUAGCACAGAGAGUAGCCAGAGUCACAUCUGCAAUGACGAUAAUGUCUUAAAAAGGCCACAUAUGUCUCAUGAAGAGCAACAAUGCAUCUCUAUCUCUUCAAACAAUGGGCUUCCACUGUCUGAAUCUGCUGGUGAACAGCCUGGCAAACAUCCAAAUCAUCAGGAAACAAAGGAGAGCCAUACAGAGGGUCACAACAGACCUCCUGAAAUCUCUGAGGCCACAUUAAACUGGGCCAGUGCUGCUGAACUGGAACCUCAAACCGACCUCCCAGAUGUUGAGGAAGAGAGGAUUUCAACAUCUGAGAACACUGGUGCAAAUGUUAACUUAACUAUUGGUGUGUUUCACAGUUCAGAUGAUAUGAUGGAGGAUGGCAAUGUCACGUCACUGGCUAACGAAACUGCAUCUGCAAAAUCAGUUGUGACUUUGGUGGUGGAAGGAGAAAGGGACCAUGGAGUAAGUGAAAACUGGACUGCAGAUUCUGCUGACAAGCUGGAUACAUUAUAUGACUCAGAAACUCUAAAUGAAAAUACAGGGCUUGAAAUUCACUCAAGAGACUUUCGAGGAGGAGGGCGAGAUCAUCUUGACUGCCCCGGGGUAAUGGAGCAGGCUCUUGGUUGUGAAAUAUCCUACCAGACGUCGUUGGAACAGCAUAAUAUUGCAAUGACAGGGAUGAACGGACCUCAGGGAGAGGAGAGUGCACAAGCAGAAAGCAGCGUGAAAACAGCACAAGUCAGGUAUGAGCCAAUCACAUCAUCGGAUAUUUGUUUCAAAGGUCAGUGUUGCUCUAUGACUGUUAACAGCAAUGUGUCCUCUGAACAAGUGGAUACAGGAUAUUCAGAAGAUCUCAAACUGUCAAACAUUACUCUGUGUGCAGACCAGUAUGUGGAAACAACGACGUCCAUCAGUGGACCAACAGAUAUCAUGGAUGUAAACUCAGUGUCCAACGAGUUGGCUAUUUGUGAGGAUCAGACCAUCGCUCAGUUGUUGGAAAAUAGCUCAAAGCUGGACACUAUCCUAGAAGUUAGCUGCAUUGAGCCAGAUGACUCCCCAGUACUGGAUCCUCAAAAGAACAUUUACUUGAAUAUCACCCCAAAUCCAGAUGUUCAGCAGUCUCAUAUAAAUGAUAAACAUGCAGCUACUGAGCAGCACGCCCAAAACCUGCCAUCAUGCUCUGCAGAAGUCAACGAUGAGUCCUCACCAGAGGGAAUCCAUGGCAACCAAGCCUCUCAACGUUACUUCAGUGAGUCACCUGCCUCUGAGGUGGCAUAUGGUCAGACGGAACACAACGGGCCGGGAGCCACAGUCUCUAGAAUGGAGGAAACAGAUGAGGCUGUACGUAGAGUUACUUACAGCGACACGCACAUUUCCACUUCAGUUUUAGAUGGGACAAAAGAGCCUGCGGAUCUGAAACAGGACAAUGUGGUCAAAGUGCGCAUGAAAAAGCGUGAGCAUGCUCGACUGGACUCAAUGGUGUUGCUGCUGAUGAAGCUGGACCAGUUGGACCAGGAAAUUGAGAAUGCCCUCAGCGCCACUGCCUCUAUGGACAGCGACCCCACCCUCCAACGACCACCUCCCCUGGAGUUGGAUUCAGGAUCUGCACAAGCUUCACAAAACCCUCCAAAUCCACAUGGUCCUACUGCCUCCUCCUCAGGAUCUGCACCUGCCCUCGGAGCAAAACCUAAGAGUGGGGGCUCCUCUACCAUUCCUGAGAAAGAAAAAGCCGAGAUUGAAGCCAAAGAAGCCUGUACCUGGCUCCGGGCAGCGGGCUUCCCACAGUAUGCCCAGCUUUAUGAAGAUGCCCUGUUUCCCAUUGACAUCUCUUCAGUGACCAGAGAUCAUGACUUCCUCGAUCGGGAUGCGAUUGAAGCUCUCUGCAGGAGACUGAACACCCUCAACAAGUGUGCUCUGAUGAGACUGGAGAUAUCGCCGCAAAGAAAACGAAGUGAAGACUCGGACGAGGACGAGCCUUGUGCCAUCAGUGGCCGCUGGACCUUUCAGAGGGACAGCAAACGCUGGUCCCGUAUGGAGGAGCUAGAGGUUUUUUCCACACUGUCCACAGAUGCCACACAGGCCCCAUCAUUCCCCAAGGAUCAGGCGUCCCAAAAAGGCAAGCUCGCCCUACGAGAAGGCAACAGUUCAGAGAGUGUGCUGACGGACCUCAGUGAGCAGCCUGAGGUGGGCUCCAUCCACAGCAGUGGGAGCGGAGGAAGAGGAGAAGAGAAGGACCAUGGUGCCACCCUGGUAAAUGAGGCUGUACCUGUUGGUGCCACUCGGGCCAGCUCUGUAGCUAGCAUGUGUUCAUCCUCGGGUACAGGCGGGUCAGGAUGCGCCAAUGAAGACUCUUUGUCUGAUGGGUUGCCCCCAUCGCCCUUGGAGACACUCGGACAGUUUACAUUUGACAUGAAAACAGGGAUUGGAGGACUUGGGGGGAGUCUCGACAGAGGAGGAGGAAGUGGAAAAAGCACACGCUCACGAGCUAAGAGCUUCCUAAAGAGGAUGGAGAGUCUACGCCUGCGCAGCGGCACCUCCUCCAAGAGGAAGAAGAAAGGCAGCACCAGUGGUGGCAAGAUAGAAAUCAGUGGACCUGUCAUCAAAGAGGGUCUGGAUGAUGACAAGUUGAGGAGGCUCAACUGUGUGGACAUCUCCAGUAUCAACCUUAACCAGAACCUCAAUCAUCACCGCAGUCCCACUCAGACGAUGACACUUAACCGAAAUCGCUCUGUAUCCUACUCCACUCAGACCAGCAAUGGCAGCACUGGGAGUACAGGGAGCAGCCAGUCAGAAGCAAGCAGUGGCAGUGCAGUGAGUACGCCGAGCCCAGUGACUCGCGCUCGUAGCCACAGCAUAGCGGCAGGCUCUGGUAAGAGAGGGGGAAUGUAUUUAGAGGGUUUUGAUCCUUUUAGCAACCCUCAAGCUUCAGAUCGUCAGCCGUCACCCCCCUCCAAAACUACCACGCCCACCCCCUGCCAAGCUAGUAAUGGGAUGACAGUUGAUGAGCAGAACCGCAGGAACAACUGCAGUGUGCGAGACAGUAUCAGACAAGUGGAGGAGGAAGAGGAGGAGGAAGAAGAGGGCAUGAUCUUCUUCUACUUACCAGAAGGUCAUAAGCCUGGAACUUUCCCCAAAGCCCUGCAAGACGGGAGUUCACGCAACAACAGUGGGAAUGAUAAUGGAAACCCCGUGGUCCUGAGGGGACGGCAAAGUAGACGCCAGCGUCGUGGCUCUUCAGGCUCCGUCGACAGCCGGCUGAGUUUUUAUGAUAACGUCCCCUACGCUGAGAGAGAGGAGGAGGGCGAGGAGGAAGAAGGGGAUGAGCACAAACUGGAGGAAGUGCUACAACAUGUCAGUGGCCUGCAGCGUUUUAACGCCUGGUCAGAGGCUGUAGCCGGGGAAGAGGAGGAAGAGGAGGAAGACGAAGAGGAAGAAGGAGACUCGGACUCAGCGUUGGACUCCGCCUCCCCGUGCCCAUCUUCUCCUCUGCAGAACCGACUGGAAGAGACGGAGAACGGAAGUGACCAGGACAGCACAGGAAACCCUCUGGGCGAAGGAGAGGAAGGGAUGAGAGAAAGAAGAGAUUCUGGCGUCGGAGCUUCUCUCACGCGAACCAGCAGGCCCCAGAAACUCCGCUGGCCGAGCUUCCAGAACUCCCAUCGGCCCAGCUUGGCCUCCGCCCAGCUCCAGAUUAGCUGCCAGUCUGUGUUACAGAUGAACCUGCUUCAGAAGCUCUCCCUGCUGCAGCUCACUGCUCUGCUGGAGAAGCAUACCCCGACAAACAAACAUGGCUUCAGCUGGGCAGUGCCAAAGUUUAUGAAGCGGAUCAAGGUGCGCGAUUACAAAGACCGAAACGUGUUUGGUGUGCCACUACAAGUCAUCGUCCAGCGGACAGGCCAGCCCCUCCCUCAGGGAAUCCAGCAGGCCAUGCGCUACUUGCGCAGUCAGUGCCUAGACCAGGUGGGUCUUUUCAGGAAAUCCGGGGUGAAAUCUCGAAUCCAAGCUCUGCGCCAAAUGAACGAGGCGAGCGGCGCGGACGGGGGAGGAGUCAGCUACGAGGGCCAGUCGGCUUAUGAUGUUGCAGACAUGCUGAAGCAGUACUUCAGAGAUUUGCCAGAACCCCUGCUCACGAGCAAACUAUCUGAGACCUUUCUCCAGAUCUAUCAGUAUAUGCCUAAAGAGCUCCGUCUCCAGGCGGCUCGUGCUGCCGUGCUGCUGCUGCCCGAUGAGAACAGAGAGGCUCUGCGGACGCUGCUGUGUCUGCUGAGCGACGUGACGGCCAGUGUGGCCGAGAACCAGAUGACCCCGACCAACCUGGCCGUCUGUCUGGCCCCCUCCCUCUUCCACCUCAACACCCUGCGACGCAAGGAGAGCUCCUCGCCAAGGGUGAUGAACCGGAAGCCAACACUGGGAAAGCCGGACCAGAGAGACCUGAAUGAGAACCUGGCUGCGACUCAUGGUCUGGCGCACAUGAUCCAGGAGUGCAGGAAACUCUUCCGGAUCCCAGAGGAGAUGAACCGCUGCAGGAACUCCUAUGUGGAGCAGGCGCUGCUGCCUCGACGCCUGGAGGAUCUUGCAGGGGACGAGGCGUACCUACGCGACAGCCUAGACGCCCUCCUCAAAGAGGCCAAGGACAAGUUCAGAGGUUAUGACAGCUGCUCCACGCCUGAGCACGCUGAGCUGGCCUACAGAAAGGUGCAUGAUGGGUAUCCACUUCGGCUGUGGAAGGUGACCGUGGAGGUGCCUGCAAGUCCCGAGGAGGUGCUGACACGGGUGCUCCGGGAACAGGGCCACUGGGACGAGGACCUGCUCGAGAGCCGAGUGGUGGAGACCCUGGACGAGAAGACAGAGGUCUACCAGUACGUCAGGAACACCAUGGCUCCACAUCCCACCAGAGACCACCUGGUGCUCAGAACAUGGUUAACAGACCUGCCGAAGGGAGCAUGUGCACUUGUGUGUACAUCUGUUGACCACGAAGGGGCACCUGUUGUAGGCGUUCGGGCCAACAUCCUCAGCUCACGCUACUUCAUAGAGCCCUGCGGAAGCAACAAAUCCAGACUCACACAUAUUUCCAGGAUCGACUGCAGGGGUCGUUUUCCAGAGUGGUACAAUAAACUAUAUGGACACUUGUGUGCUGCUGAGGUGGCGCGGAUACGUGACUCUUUGGCUGCACCCAUGGACAAAUGAGACCGCAUUGUGCAAUUUGGGCAACAACAGUCUCAACAGCUUUUUUGUUUUUUUGGGGGGUUUUUUGGACCUUGGACCAUAGUUUGGAUCCUACUUGGGACUUGAUGUGACUCUUUCUACCCAUUCUAGCAAAGAGGUAGAUGGGGUCCAAACCUCUUUAUACACACGUUUAAAAGACAAACCCUGGAUCCUGGAUUGAAGGACUUUUUUUUCUGCUCUGAUCAUGUUACAGCAGACUGAUGUUACAAUUUUGAAGGUUUUAUUGGAUCUCUCAGUCUGCUGCCAAGGGGACUCAUGUCACACAAAUAUUUAUCUGGGCCAAAUGACAUGAUGUCGGCGAUACAGGUUGUGGGGUUCAAACCUUAUCCAAAGGGUGCUAUUGCUUCUGAGAAGCAAGGGGGAUUCAGUGUGUGUGUGUGUGUGUGUGUGUGUGUGUGUGUGCGUGUGUGUGUGUGUGUGUGUGUGUGUGUGUGCGUGUGCGCGUGCGUGUGUGUGUGCACCAGUUAACAAGCGAUUUUAAAAAAAUACAUAUUCUUAGCACUGGUUUCCAGUUGCAGCAUAAUGUGUACAUACAGUAUUCUGUUCACAGUAAUGGUUGGUGUCUGUCUUGUGUUACCUCUUUCACUUUUUUUCUGUUAGAGCAAAGCACAGGAGGAAUAGCAGACAAUAUUAUGGUCAGUUGACUGAUGAAUCCAUGGGUGAAGAAAGAUGCGAAUGUGCCGGUGAUAUGCAGACCGAGUGGAGACAAUAGACGGGAUGUUGUGAGAUAUCAGGUGGCUGAUGGCACAGAGGGGUGGUUUUGUGUCGCAGUAGUAGGAAAGCAGGGACAGAUGAGGACGGUGGCUGGCUCACCAAAAGGAAAGAAAGGAUCAAAGAAAGGUGCUCGUUUAAUAACUUCCAAGUAGACGCUUCCUCAUUCCCUCAAUAAGAAUUUAAUUCAGUAAGCCUGAGUGAUUCAUGAGUCUGAUAUGGAAAAAAAAGAUACAAUGCUACAUAUUGCAUCAAUGCUAUUGCGUGCGUUGUGGUUCAAAGAACAAUAAUUCAACUACUUAACACAACAAAAGGAGCCCAUGUGGAAGUGUUUGUGUCUGAUGAAACAUUGUGUAUUUGCCAGAAGAGGUCACACAGUCAAACUAAAAAAAAUAAGUUCAACAAAUUUAAUGGACCAAAAAUAAAAUAAACACUGAAAGAAGUAGCUUUUCCAAAUCUAGCUUUUCCUCAAGAUUAUGUGAUAGAGGUUGUUUUUUAAGAGCACAGCACAAUUCUUCUUUUUUUUAAUCGUUGUAGGCUGGACAUCACUUGUAACCCCCUCCCCCCCAUAUAAAAAAACAAUAACAAAAAUAUUGAUUCCACAAGUAUUUUGAUUUACGCAAGACCAGAAAUAAAUAAAACAAUGCACUGUUCGAAAUUGCAACAGGAACCUCUGACUAGCCCUUUGAGAGAAGAUGAGAAAUAAACAGGAAAAAAAAAAAGUCCUUUUAUAAAGGUGGAGAUUUUACAGGUUUUACUGUAAAGAGGAGGGCAGAUUGAAUGUUUGUGUUUUAAUGGAAGGAAAAAUAUCUUUGUGUGUACGCUUCUUUCUCUGUGUGGUCUCAGUGUUUAAAAGGAAGUAAGAUCUGGGGUCCUUCGUUCCUAACAUUCAUGCUUCAAUCUGAGGGCUAGCUUUUUUUUUUCUCAUGUCGAGUUGUAUGAUUAAUUCACUAAGCCAUUGUUGAUAUCAUCCGUGUUUGUACCUCUUAACUGUCUCCCUGCCAAAUAAUAACGCAUGACAAUUACAGUUAAUUUAAAACAAAUAUAUUUAUACCUCAGAUAUAUGUUUGUUUUGUAUCAUACCAUUUAUUUUAUUUUAUUGUAAAGGCUAAGCUGUUUGUGUUACACAAAUGAACAAAUGUUUUAUCUUUUUUAUUAAUAUUAUUUCUGUACAGGUUAAUCAAAGUGCACUAUUAAAUAUAUUAAAAUAA